CAGGAUUUAAACUUGACAAAUCCUGUUUGAGUUUCCUCACUCCACGAUAUAAAUAACUCAGGGUUUACAAGAGAUUCAUAAGAAGAAUGUUAUAUAUCCGUAUUCAGUAUGUAUAAGUGUUCGUUUGUAUGUAAAUAUAUUUAUUGACUGUUAACCACACUGUUUAGUGAUAUUUUUUAACGUUUUGAAAAGUAAUUCUUUAAACAAAUAUUUGAAAAUAUUUGAAAACAGAGGAAAUUAAAAGAAGCGCUAACAAAAUGGCUUCGCGGUUGUUAUUUGUAAUGUUCGGUGCUGUAUAUUAUUUGGGGAUAACAGCCAAUGGAGAAACUGUUCAAAAAGCAAACCUGGAAUCACUUCAUAUAAUCAGUGAUAUUUCAUAUAGAAUUGCUACCACUUUAGUUUCCAUGAAAUAUUAUAACCCGUACAAUUCUACAGUCGGCGCAGACUUAUACAUAAUGAUGCCUCUUAAAUCAGUUAUAUUGAAUUUUUCUAUGGAAAUUGAUGGACAUGUGACUGUAGGAGAAGUAAAGGAAAAAUCAGUUGCUAAAGAUAUUUACGAAAAGGACGUAGGAAAAGGAAAAAGUUCUGGCUAUUUUGAAGUCGAACACCGCUUUACAAGAGCCUUUGAUAUGUCUGUUAAUAUUGAACCACAGAAGUAUAUAGUUUACAACUUGACUUACCAAGAACUUCUGACACGACAGAACAAUAAAUACAGGCACGACAUUCAUGUGACCACUGGUGAAAUUAUUGAUGACUUUUUAGUUGAAAUUUUCAUUACUGAACCGCAAGAUAUUAUUCACGUGUCUGUACCAAAAAUUACAAUUAAUAAAUUAGCGGAUAUUACCGUUGACAAAGAGCUGGAUUCUGCUUUAAUUAAGAACAUCAGCAGUAGAGAAAUUUAUAUCAAAUACAACCCAAGUCGUAAACAACAAGAAGAAAUUAUAGAGAAAGGUGUUGCCGCAGGUUUCUUCGAAGUAGAAUAUUGUGUAGAUCGUCAAUAUAUUUCAAAUUCACUAUAUAACGUAAACCUGAAAUCACUUCAUGUAAUCAGUGAUAUUAAAUAUCGAUUUGCUACCACUUUAGUUUCCAUGAAAUAUUAUAACCCGCACAAUUUUUCAGUCAGCGCAGACUUACACGUAAUGGUGCCCCUUAAUUCAUUUAUAUCGGAUUUUUCUAUGGAAAUUGAUGGACAUGUGACUGUAGGAGAAGUAAAGGAAAAAUCAGUUGCUAAAGAUAUUUACAAAUAUACCAGCGAAACAGGACAAAGUUCUGGCACUGUUGAAGUCGAACACCGCUUUACAAGAGCCUUUGAUAUAUCUGUUAAUGUUGAACCACAGAAGUAUAUAGUUUACAACUUGACUUACCAAGAACUUCUGACACGACAGAACAAUAAAUACAGGCACGACAUUCAUGUGACCACUGGUGAAAUUAUUGAUGACUUUUUAGUUGAAGUUUUCAUUACUGAACCGCAAGAUAUUAUUCACGUGUCUGUACCAAAAAUUACAAAUAAUAAAUUAACGGAUAUUACCGUUGACAAAGAGCUGGAUUCUGCUUUAAUUGAGUACAUCAGCAGUAGAGAGGUUUACAUCAAAUACAACCCAAGUCGUAAACAACAAGAAGAAACUUCAGGAAUAGAUGGUGUUGUUGCAGGCUCACUCAAAAUACAGUAUGAUGUGGAUCGUCAAAAUAAUUCAAAUUUAAUAUAUGCAGUUGAUGGCUACUUUGUGCACUUCUUCACUCCUGAUUCCUUACCAAGUCUUCCAAAGCACAUUGUAUUUAUGCUUGAUAUCAGUGCAUCAAUGUCUGGUCGUAAAAUUGAACAAAUGAGCGAAGCUAUGGAAAAUAUCCUUGAUCAACUCGAUUCAGAACUUGAUAAAUUUCUCAUCGGAACAUUCAGUAGUGGCGUUUCGUGGAUGAAGGACGAAUUUUUAAUAUCAAACAAUCUUAACAAAAAAUUAGGCAAAAAUUACAUUAAGGAACUUCAAACCAAUGGAAGUACAAACAUUAACGCUGCUCUCCUUCAAAGUGUAGAGAAACACAAAUCAACUUCAACCUCUACGAAGAAAAGUAUUAUCGUAUUUCUUACUAACGGAUAUCCAACAGAAGGAGUCACUAACCUCGAAGAAAUCAAGAAAAAUUUCAGAGAAGCCAACGAAGAGAUUUCAUUAUUCACCCUUUGUUUCGGAGAAAAAUCUAUCAAUAAUUUUUUUCGUAAGCUUGCCACAGAAAACGGAGGAUUUAAUAGGAGGAUCUACAUAGACUCUGACAGUAAACUUCAAAUUGAAAAUCUUUUUAAAGAAAUAUCUAACAUUUUAUUAAAGGAUAUUACAUUUGUUUACUUAGAUGAUGCUGUUAAUACUAGUUCUACAUCAUUUAGCAACUACUUCAAAGGAUCAGAAUUAGUUGUUUCCGGUGUUUUGCCGCAAGAAUACCGACCAACUAUAAAUGUGAGUUUAACAAUGACAAACCACUUGGGGCCAAAUAAGGAAAAUUUGGAGCUAGAAUUAUAUGGAGAUGACUUUACCUCAGAUGAUGGUUUUUCGCAAAAUUCCAGUUUGACUAGUAUUCAGUCAUUUUCUGAAAUUACUGAAAAGACUUAUGCUUAUCUCACUUUGAGACAACUUCUCAUGGAAGACGAAACAAAUGAAGUGCGUCAUGAUAUUCUUAAUUUAGCUCUAAAGUAUAAUUUCGUAACUCCAUUAACAUCAAUGGUUGUCACUAAAUACAAAGUGAAUGAAGAACUGUUUGAAGAAGAAUACCUUCCUUCACGAUUUGUGAAUCAAGCGAUAGUGAUACAUGAUACGCGUAAACAAGAUCCUGAACCGGUAAUAGUACCCGCACACACAGCUCAUCAGAAAGUUUUAACAACAACAAGAGAAUUACCACUUUUUCCUCACAGCCCUGGUGUUCUAUUAAAACCAUUAAACUGUUCGACAGACUUGUGUUUUACUGAUAGUAUUCAAUGCAGAAACCAAACUGAAAUCUUUCUUUUGGCUGAUGAGCAAGCAGGUGUAUUUGUUUAUGGUCAAGUGAAAAAUGCACCAAACACUAAUUGCUUGGGAAGUCUCAACGGAAUAAUUUUUAGGAUGCAUUCCGGUAUUACUGGCUAUGCUCCUGAGCCACAAGACCCGACUGAUAUCAUCAAACCAAAAGUAUUGCAAAUGACACCUUCAUUUUCAAUAACAGUAAGCCAAUACAGAAGUUCGAACGCGGAAACAUUUUUAUCCCUGCAUUUCAAUAUACUUCGCAAGUUUGUUCCAGCAGGAGGAAUUUUGAGUGAUUAUGUAACCGAAUUCCAAUGCAUUGAAAAACCCCCAAAUCAGAUGGUGCUGUCUAACGAAGCAGGAUUAUAUAAUAAAGUCAGUUACCAUACCGCUACUGGAAGUUUAUCCUAUUGUUUUGGGAUGUGAGAGACAAGAACGAGGUUUGACACUGAUUUCAUGUGAAAUGACAAUCUACCCGUUUAGAAUUGUUAUGGUGUAGAAAUAUCUGAAUUUGAUAAUAGGCAACAAUAAAUAUUUAUAAAUUAUAUACACUACUGGUUAUUAUAUAUUUAGAUAUUCCAUCGAAUUGUUUUACGUGCAUAUAUUAGAUUUAAUGGUUAAUAAAAUAAUUAUAGAACGACUCUACAUAUAUAUUGUGAGUUCAUAUCCUUGAAAUUAUUACAUGGAUCUGGUGGACGAAGUAUAUUUUUCUACAAAUGUUUGUUCUGAAUCAUAUUUAAAGCAGAAGAAUGUGUCCAAGUCAUUCAUGUUUUCCAACUGUCCAAUAAAUAUCUUUUGAAAUUAUUAUUUAAA